AUGACCGGAAAAUCAGAGCAACUGGAAGUCAGUGUAGAACAAGACAACGAGAGACCAGAGCUGAUAACUGUCAAUAAGGAAAAGGAUCCGGAUUUAUCAAAUUUUAUCAGACUUCGUGGUUUACCCUUUUCAGCCAAAGAGGAUGACGUCCGAACUUUUUUGCAAGGCUUAGAAGUAAAAUCCGUGACAUUCACAUUGACAUCAAUGGGACGAGCAAGUGGCGAAUGCUACGUUGAAUUGCUAGACAAAGCUGCAGCAGAGGAAGCGAAGCGUUUUGAUAAAGAAGAAAUGAACAAUCGUUAUAUAGAAGUGUUUAGCGUGACAGAAAAUGAAGUUGCGUGGAUGACGAGGCAUAACGUGAUUCGAAAAGGUGAUGAAGAAGUGCCUUAUAACUUUGUUGUCAGACUUCGGGGCAUACCAUUCAGUGCAACAGAUAAUGAUGUGAAAGAAUUUUUUGAUGGAUUGGAAGUGGCAGAUGUUGUUAUCGACAAGGAGCCGGGGGGUCGCCCGUCUGGGGAGGCAUUCGUACGGUUCGCUAGCAAGCAGCAUGCAGAGAUGGCCCUGGAACGGAACAGAAACAACAUGGGUUCGAGAUAUGUGGAAGUUUUCCGAAGUUCUGGUGAUGAGCUGGAAAAAUCCAAGGAUUGCCAUUUUCUACCGCUGGCAUCGUUGAGAAGUUUAACAGUUGAACGCAAUUUUCCAGUGUCUCGUUGCGAACCUAUACCUUUACGAUUUGCUAACAUGAAACUUAGCAGUAUACGGCCCUAUCGAAGAGAGGAAUAUGUGGGUCCAUUGAGGAAUGUCAGUAUAGGUCGACCGCGUGUUAGUCCUUACGAUGUCUUCCGUGGACGUUUCUUACGUUAUUCGGAAUAUAGAUUCGAAAGGGAUCUUGAUUAUGACGAUCCAACCAAAAUUUAUUUGCGGGGUUUACCAUAUACUGCCAAUGCUCUUGAUAUCGAGGAUUUCUUCAAACCACUACGUUGCAUUGAAAUCCAGUUAGGAUUCAAUGAUGAUCGUCGACCAUCUGGUGAUGCAUGCGUUAUUUUUGGUUCAAUAGCUGAUGCACAUGAGGCAAUGGCUAAAAAUAAGCAUUGCAUCGGUAAUAGAUAUAUUGAACUGUUUACUGCACUGGACGUACCUAUUGCCCAAAAAUACGUCAUUUACCGAAAAAUUGGUGGUACAAGUGAAUAUCCGCUAUUAUCAAAUAUAGGGUCACGUGUUCCAGCUGCUUUAAGCCGUAUCAACUGUGGUCCAUACGAUGACUGGAAUGAUUGUAAUUUGGGAAUUGGUCGCCAUUCAGGCUUUCAGCGCAGAUUAUCUUCAUUUAGUCGUAUAGGCUGUUUAGUGAAGGCUUCAGAAUGUUGUGGAGUUGAAAGUUGGUGUGAUUCCGACUUAGGUAGAAAUUGUUCAGCUGGAUAUAACGGAAUAGCAGGUGGAUAUAGUUCAAGUUAUGCUGCAGGAGGACAGCAGUUUUACAAUGAUGAAUAUGAGGGAAGACAAUCCUCUUAUGCAUAUCACUGGAACGGUAGUAGUGGCUCAGUUAAAGCAGGCUGGUAA